UCUGUUUCCUUCUUCCUCCAUUUCUCACGGCAGCCUUUUCCAACUGCUGAAUCUUUUUGCUAUUUGAAGAAAUUCAAUUCAACAACAUCAAAAUAAAUUUAAAAGGGAAAAAAAGAAAAAAACCCUACUGGUUUUGGUUGCGGCAAAUCGAGAAUCCAUUUUAAUCGGCCGCCAUUCAUGGCCGUAGUCAUGUCCGGCAACCACCCGCCGCGCCGUCUCAACAACGCUCCCUCCUCCCCGGCCCUCUCUCUCACCCUCGCCGGCGUUUUCGGCAAUGCGGCGGCGGAGGACCUGGAGGUGGACGCGCCGGCGAGGAGAGACGACAGCUGCAGCGACAACUCCGAGCCGGCGGGAUCCAGGUCGGCGGAGGAUUUGGGAGCCGACCAGGACGAUGAAGAUGAAGACAAACAGGGGAAUAGAAAAAAGCGAAAGAAUCGACACACUUCUGAACAAAUUAGAGAAAUGGAGAUGUUGUUUAAAGAAUCGCCACAUCCAGAUGAGAAGCAGAGGCUGCAACUGAGCGAGAAACUUGGCCUUUCUUCUAAGCAAAUCAAGUUCUGGUUCCAGAAUCGAAGAACUCAGAUCAAGGCUAUUCACGAGCGCCAUGAGAACGCGUUGUUGAAAGGAGAAAUGGAGAAAAUGCGAGACGAAAACCAGGCGAUGAGGGAGAUUAUCAGCAAAGGUUCUUGCCCUAAAUGUGGUUCUUCUUCGGCUAAUUCCUCUGCCGUUUCGAGGGAAACGAUUUUCACUACUAUUUCCGAGCAACAACAGCUAAGAACAGAGAUCACUCGACUCAAAGCCGAGGUGGAGACAUUGCGAGUAGCUCUUGCGAAGUACGCCCCGCCGGGGACAUGUACGUCACGGUCGACGGAGAACGAGGAGGGGAUAUUGGAGAGGAGGAGAAGUUUGGAGCAAUCGAAAACCAUUUUCGGGCUGGAGAAGGCUAGGGUUAUGGAGAUAGCGAAGCGAGCGACGGAUGAGCUCGUGAAAAUGGCGGAUUCCGGUGAGCCCCUUUGGGUACGAAGCGUUGAAACCGGACGCGAGCUACUAAAUUACGACGUGUACAUGAAAGAGUUCGCCGCCGACAACGAGCGGCCGAAGAGAGAAAUCGAAGCGUCGAGGGAAUCGGGCGUCGUCUUCGUCGAUCUUCACCGAUUGGUUCAGAGCUUCAUGGAUGUGGUUCAAUGGAAGGAAAUGUUUCCAUCCAUAAUCUCGAAGGCCACGACCAUGGAGGUCGUCUCCAAUGGCGACGGAGCCGCCAGAAAUGGCGCAGUUCAACUGAUGUUUGCAGAGCUCCAAAUGCUGACUCCCGCCCUUCCCUCAAGAGAAGUGUAUUUCAUCCGAAGCUGCACGCAAGUUAGCCCAGACAAGUGGGUGGUGGCAGAUGUCUCUGUGGAUAAAGUUGGAGACGGCAUCGACUCAUCCUCCUCCGUCUCUAGGAAACGCCCCUCUGGUUGCAUCAUUCAGGACACCUCCGAUGGCCAUUGUAAGAUAACAUGGGUGGAGCACUGGGAAUGCCAGAAAAUGGGACUCCGCACAAUAUAUCGAACCAUUAUCAACAGCGGUUUGAUAUUCGGGGCAAAGCAUUGGAUGGCGUCACUGCAAACCCAUUGUGAAUGGCAGGUGUUCUUCAUGGCCACCAACGUUCCCAUGAAGGAUUCUACUGGAAUCACCACUCUUGGUGGGAGGAAAAGUGUUCUUCGGCUGGCUCAAAGAAUGACGUCUAGUUUUUAUCAAGCCUUUGGUGCAUCCAUCAGCCAUUCAUGGCCCAAGGUCCCCACCAAAACAGGGGAGAACAUACGAGUUGCUUCCAGGAAAAACUUGAACGAUCCACGAGAACCUCUGGGUUUGAUCUUGUGUGCAGUUGCUUCUGUCUGGCUUCCUGUCUCUCCAAAAGUUUUGUUUGAAUUCUUGAUUGACGAAGCUCGCCGACUCGAGUGGGAUGUUAUGUCGGGUGGCGGUUCAGCCGAAACAAUCACGAACUUUGCCAAAGGACAGAACCGUGGCAAUGCCGUCACAAUCCAAGCAAUAAAAUCAGAUGAAACCAACGUGUGGGUUCUUCAAGAUAGUCUAACAAACGAAUAUGAGUCGAUGGUGGUGUAUGCUCAGGUCGACAUUACGAGCAUGAAGUCGGUGAUGGCGGGGUGUGACCCGGGCAACAUCACGACUUUACCGACAGGCUUCUCGAUCCUUCCGGACGGGCAUCAGUCGAGGCCAAUGGUUAUCAGUUCAAGCAAAGAGGAAAAGGGGGCAGAAGGAGGAUCAUUACUCACAAUGGCAUCCCAAAUCCUAGCCAGCGCUUCUCAAACCGCCGAAAUGACGGCACAAUCUGUUGAGUAUGUUAACAAUGUUAUAUCACAUACCUUAAAAAAUAUUAAAGCAAGCCUUCAAGGUGAGGAUGAUUGAUUAUCAACAUUUCUUAUUCAUAAAAAUUCAAUUAAACUCUUUUUCUUUUUUUCUUUCUAACCUUGUAGUGAUUUAGAGGAUAGCUCUUUAGCCUCGACAUGUAAUAAUAAUAAUAUAUAGACAUUAGACGGGUGGCGGAGGAAAGACGAUUGAACAAAGACUAAAAGUAUAUUUUUUGUAUCUAUAAAUGCAAAUUUGAAAUACGUUUUAUUAA